CGUCCGUCCGCAACAUCUUUGCGGCUAUCGUCCGCUGCUUCCCGCGGACCGCUAACAUAUUCAUCAUGGUGGAUCAACGGGAGACGGUCUUCUCGCACAGGCGGUUCCAGCAAUACCCUGAUGACUUGUUUUAACACGUCAUGCACGCGGCAGAUCUCUCCUUCCCUUGCGUUUUGCUUGAACAAAAGGCGCCGCAGGUUCUAUCGUGCGCUGCGGUGGUGAUGUGUGGAAAGCGUUACGAUCGUGGGAAUCGUCUAACGCCCAUCAUUUUACCUUGUUCGAUGGAAAAAUGAAGGAAGUAGCAGGCCGUCGUAGAAAUAGCCGGAUCGGUGUGCC